GACUCUCCACCUUUGCACUGGCAUCAGCACCCCUGGUUAGGCACAGCUGUGUCUCCUGGGAGCUCCUGACCAAAAUGUACCUCUUUUCCUCCCACACACCUGAGAGAUGGCAGAGGAGACUGGGGGUCAGCACCACCCGCAGUCUCAAGGUCCCUGUUCUCUGCACCUGCCCUUGGAGAUGAGAUCAGAGCAGAAACUCGAGUCACAGGGCCAGGUGUGGACCGCAGGAUCGGGGCUCCUGGUACUCCCUCUUCCUCACAAGCACAUUCAGGCUCCCCCCACCCACACCCACACCCACACAUACUCUCUUAAGCACCCAGAGACACUCUUCUCUCUCCCCACCUUCCUCCCUCCAGGAAGCAUCUGGGCUGAAAGUUCCCGGACUUUGGACCCCAGCUUUGGGAAGACUGCUCAGCCCUUCUGUGAUGGGUCCCACUUCUUCCAACGCACUGGCUUAUCUCCACUCAAGUUCAAGGCCCAGGAGACCCGCACAGUGGCCCUCUGUACCUGCAAGGCCACCCAGAAGCCCCCAUAUUGCGACGGCACCCACAGGAGUGAGCGGGUACAAAAGGCAGAAGUGGGCUCCCCACUCUGAGGUAGCUGCUGCCCGGCCCCAGGGGCCUUAGCACCUCCUUUGUGGGGAGGGAAAUGGAAUGCUGAGCCCAAAAAGGGGUCCUCCAGGGACCCAGUACUGGCAGCUGGCUUGUCUAGGGCUUGUUCUCCAGAACCUGAGGUCUUGGACCUGGGCAUGUGCAAACAGAGCCUGGUUUAAGGCUGGCUGGUGUGAUGAUGGCAUUAAAGGCUUGUCCCCGCGGCAGUGUGUUCUAGU